GUGGCAAUAAAAAUCAUUGACAAAUCUCAGCUGGAUGCUGUGAAUCUGGAGAAGAUCUACCGAGAAGUGCAGAUAAUGAAAAUGCUUGAUCACCCACACAUUAUAAAGCUUUACCAGGUGAUGGAGACCAAAAGCAUGUUGUACCUUGUGACAGAAUUUGCCAAAAACGGAGAAAUUUUCGAUUACCUCGCCAGCCAUGGCCGUCUAAGUGAGUCUGAGGCUAGGCGCAAAUUCUGGCAGAUCCUCUCAGCAGUGGAGUAUUGCCAUGGUCGGAAGAUUGUUCACCGUGAUCUGAAAGCUGAAAAUCUUUUGCUUGACAACAACAUGAACAUCAAAAUUGCAGAUUUUGGAUUUGGAAACUUCUAUGAGAGUGGUGAGCCUCUGACGACAUGGUGUGGAAGCCCACCAUAUGCAGCCCCAGAAGUCUUUGAAGGACAGCAAUACGAGGGACCCCAGCUGGAUAUCUGGAGCAUGGGUGUAGUUCUGUAUGUUUUGGUUUGUGGAGCAUUACCUUUUGAUGGACCAACGCUUCCCAUACUGAGGCAACGAGUUCUUGAAGGAAGGUUCAGAAUCCCUUAUUUUAUGUCAGAAGAGUGUGAACAUCUGAUUAGAAGAAUGUUGGUCCUAGACCCAUCCAAACGCUUAUCUAUUGCUCAGAUUAAGGAGCACAAGUGGAUGCUUAUAGAGGUUCCUGCACAGAGACCUAUUCUUUAUCCACCAGGAGAGGAGAAUGAGCCUUCCAUUGGAGAGUAUAAUGAGCAGGUCUUAAGGCUAAUGCACAGCCUGGGAAUAGACCAACAGAAAACUAUUGAGUCUCUGCAGAACAAGAGUUAUAACCACUUUGCUGCUAUCUAUUACUUGUUAGUGGAAAGACUCAAAUCACAUCGGAGUAGCUUCCCCGUGGAACAGAGACUUGAUGCUCGUCAGCGUCGGCCAAGCACCAUUGCUGAGCAGACAGUAGCCAAGGCACAAGCUGUGGUACCCUCAGUUAACUUGCAUUCACAAAAUGCGAGGUUGUUGCAGUCUCCAGGUCUUCCCUCAGCUUCAGGAGCAGAAGCCUUUUCGUUCCCUCCAUCCAGCUGCCAGGGAGAGACAGCAUUUAUGGAGGAAGAAAGAGUUGAGACACCAAAGGUAAAUGGCUGCUUGCUAGAUCCUGUACCUCCCAUGGUGAUGAGGAAAGGAUGCCAAUCACUGCCUACCAGCAUGAUGGAGACUUCUAUUGAUGAAGGAAUAGAGACAGAAGGAGAGUCAGAAGAUGACCCUGCACAGGCAUUUGCAGCCCUCCAAGCAGCUCGCUGUGGGAAGAGACGUCACACUCUGGCAGAAGUUACCAAUCAGCUGGUGAUGAUGCCAGGCACAGGGAAAGUCUACUCAUUGGAUGAAAAUUCCUCUCUGGGCAGCGUUGAUUCUGAGUAUGACAUGGGAUCGAUUCAGAGAGAGAUUAAAUUCCUGGAAGACACCCCUUCCUUGAAAGAAAUGGUGCUAACUAACCAACAAGCAUCCAGAAUGACAACACCGUUCAUAGGUCUGAGACCUGCCAAUCCAGCCAUGCAAGCACUCGCCUCCCAGAAGCGAGAGACCCACAACCGCUCUCCUGUCAGCUUCCGAGAGGGGCGCAGAGCUUCUGACACAUCCCUCACACAAGGAAUUGUAGCAUUUAGACAGCACCUCCAGAAUCUAGCACGAACCAAAGGAAUCCUGGAACUGAACAAAGUCCAGUUGCUGUAUGAACAGAUGGGAUCAGAAGAAGAACCUUCUCCACAGGUACUUGAAACCAGAGAUCAGGCUCUGUCUUUCAGCUUGCCAGAGGAGGAAGCAUCUCAGCAGCAGCAGGAAGCUGCAUCUGCUUUCCCUAAUGGUGCACAUCCCCCAUUAUUAUCCAGACGGCAGAGCUUAGAAACACAGUACUUACAACACAGGCUCCAGAAGCCCACUCUUCUAUCAAAAGCUCAGAAUACUUGCCAGCUGUACUGCAAAGAAUUGCCCCGGAGUCUGGAACAGCAGUUACAGGAACACAGGCUGCAUCAGAAGAGACUCUUUCUCCAGAAGCAGUCCCAGCUGCAGGCCUAUUUUAACCAGAUGCAAAUAGCUGAGAGCUCAUACCCAAGGUCAAGUCAAGUGCCACUUUCAUGCCAGGAGGAGCAGCAGCAGCAACAGCAGCAGCAGCAGCAGCAAUCAACCCAGUUCAGCUUGCAGCAGCCUCUGUGCCCUGUGAUGGAGCCUUCCUCAGAACAAAUGCAAUAUGACCCCUUCCUCAGUCAAUACCAGAAGGUACAGCUGGAUCCACUGCCACCCUCCCAGAUCACCAGCUCAUCACGGUUGUCAUCACCAGUUCAGGUGCAGCAGCCGCCACAGUCCUUACAAUAUUCAUAUCAGACUCGUGAAUUGCCUGUUGUCGCCUCUUCUGAGCCAGACUACCCAGACCAGUGCCAGUAUUCCAUGGACCCAGCACAACAGAGCGGUGUAGCAUUGCCUGACAGCCAGAGCAGCUCAGCAUCUCCCGAGUCCCAGUCAAACUAUGAUACGUUAACCCUCUCGGAAUUGCCUGGACUCUUUGAUUGUGAAAUGAUGGAGACUGUAGAUCCUCAGCACAGUGGCUAUGUCCUGGUGAAUUAA